AUGAAAAUAAAUAUAGUUAUGCUGAUAAAUUUGACACUCCUGUGGGUGAAUUUUAUCGAUGACACUAAUGGAGUUAUAAUACCCAAACUUAAAAGAUCAUCUGUGAAAUCAGCAAGACAAUUCAUUUCUGACAGUGAUGAUAUUUUUAUUCCAUACCAAGGAGAACGCUUCACUGUCUUCGAUUGGAACCUGUACAAACUAAUUGCAAAUAAAUAUCAAGGAAAUGUGUUGAUCUCACCAGUGUCCUUGAAAUUAGCAUUAGUUUUACUGUUCGAAGGAGCUCAGGACCAAACAGCUUACGAAUUAGCAGGCGCUUUGCAGCUUCCGGUAAAUGAAUGGAAUGUCAGAGAUAAAUUUUCACCUAUCUUACGAUCUCUUCAGCCAAUUUCUGAUGAGUAUACUCUGAAUCUUGGAACAAGAAUUUACUUAAAUAAUAGUUUAUCAAUAAGACAAAGCUAUGCUUCUAUUGUUAAAGCAUAUUACAACACAGAUAUUGUAUCCAGUAAUUUUACGGAUGCUCGGACAACUGCUAAUAAUGUCAACAGUUGGGUUAGAAAUCUCACUAACGGAAAUAUUGAGAAAAUGAUUGAUGAUGAAGAAACUACAAUUAAAGAUUCAAUGAUGCUGGUGAUGAAUGUCCUCUACUUUAAAGGCCUCUGGAACGGAAAUAAAUUCACUGCAGACAGAUCAAAGUUCAAAAAAUUUUACCAAUCACCUGAUACGCACGUAGAUGUCAACUAUAUGACGUCUUUGGGAAAUUACUAUUUCCUAGAAUCUCCAGAGCUCGAUGCUAAAAUUUUACGUCUCCCUUACGUCGGUCGCAAGUUUGCAAUGAACAUAAUCCUACCGAGGACUGUAGAUGGGCUAGAUAUGUUAAUCAACAAAGUGAAUCCAUUUAUUUUAGCACGACACGCACUGCUAUUGCAGAGAUUGCCAGUCGAAGUAACGAUUCCAAUCUUUAAGUUUGAUGUUACAAGUCACCUUGAGCCGAUACUCCGUGAUUUGGGUAUCCGGGAUAUUUUUGACAACACAGCAACGCUGACUAAAAUCAUAAAAACAAAACGUGGUCAAAAUUUAAUGGUAUCUGAUAUUAUUCAGAAAGCAGGAAUUGAAGUCAAUGAAAAUGGAACUACUGCUUUUGCAGCUACAGAAGUAAACAUUGGCAAUAAAGUAGCAGAUCAAACAUUUUAUGCCGACCAUCCUUUUAUUUUUUACAUUGAAGACGAAACAAUGGGGACAAUUCUGUACAUGGGUAGGGUAAUUAACCCCCUGGAGGGCAGUGGUAAUAGAGAGAUGUCUCAGAAUAUCCCAGAACACUUAAAUGUCCUACAGAUGCAAAGUCCAUAUGGUAUUUAA